AGUUUGUUGUUUGUAAUCCUAGUUUGGGACCUCAAUAGUGAAUCUAUAGUUGCCACAUCAGUAGAUACCUAUUAUAAAGGAACAUGUUUAUGAUGUUUGCACUUCUGAUGAUGUCAGCAGAACCCUCUUAUGGCAUGGAGACAUACUGUAAUGCUACACAGAACGUGUCGUGUUACGGAGCUCUGGGAGGAACUGUCUAUCUCCAGCUGAUGAAUGAUGCCACAGGAUUUGAACUUAUAUUUAAAAGAAACGCCACUGGUGGUAAUACAGAGAUAUUCAAAAUGAAACACAACAACAUAACCUAUAAAUCAAUUGAAGCCAGAUCAGAGUUCUUUAUCAAUAAUGGGACAUUUAAAAUAAAUAACACAGAGUGGAGAGAUUCUGCUGAAUAUUCUUUAGAAAUCCACUAUUCAAAUGGAACUUACUUGGACACUAGAGGAGUACAACUGACCAUUGGAGGAGGAUCUUAUGGCACUGUCAUAGGGUCACUAGUAGCUGUGGUCCUGGUCCUUGCAGUGGUGGUGGGAGCUUACUGUAUUCGCAAGAGGAGGAACCCUCCACAGGCACCAGAUGCUGAUGAGAGUCCAGAACUGGAAUGUGAUAACAUCACUAUUCUAAAGAAGACGGAGAAACAGAGAGAUGUUCCAGAGGAGGUGUUGUAUGGACAGAUUGUAGUGCUGGAGGGUGCCAGACCUAACACUGAGAGAGACAGACCUGAGGGGCAGGAGGAGACUUUGUAUGCUGGAAUACAGCUUGGCCAAUGAGAGCUGCAUGUUCGAAGGGUUGGUCUUUAGAAGUGGUACUGAAGCCUUGUUUCUCCAUUUGUUACUGUAACGAAUUGGAUUAACUUUCCCAUAUUACUGUUUAUAUUUCAUGACAUUCAAUGCUGCGGGUUUUGUACAUUCUUUACCUAAAUAAA